UUCCGACCUCUUUAAUUUUGUUUCUCCUCGACCCUUUCUCACCCAGCAGGAUGUUAGAAUGGAUUGGAGUCCAGUUCUGCCGGACAGCUUGGUUUUGGAGAUCUUCCUGCAUCUGCCCCAUUAUGCUGUGCUGAAAGCCGGCCUGACCUGCAGGCAGUGGCAGGCGGUGUCCAGAGAUGAGUUCCUGUGGAGGGAACUGUUCUACAGAUACUACCGGAUACUGCGCUCCGUUCCUCGACACCCUUCCGCUGUGUCGUGGUACAGGGAGUUCAAGCGUCUGUAUGACUGCAUCCCUUGUGUGGAAGUUCAGACACUGAGAGAGCAUACCAACCAAGUUCUUCACCUGGCUUUUUCUCACAGGGGCCAUCGCUUCUCCUCCUGUUCAAAAGACUGCACGGUUAAGCUGUGGGACACAGAACGGCAGGAUGGAAACAUCUCGUUGGUGCACAGCACCAGUAUGCGCCAGUAUCACUGGGCCUACACACAGUUCUCCCAGUUUAACCCUGAUGACACCCUGCUGCUCGUCUCUGGCGUCUACCUGGUCCCACACCACUCGUCUUCUGGGGAAAUUGCUGUCAUUAGUCUGGAUAAUUACACUCUGUUGUCGAGAGUCAGGAACAAACCGUAUGACGUGUUUGGAUGUUGGCUUAAUGAGACACACCUGAUCUCAGGAAAUCUGCACUGGAUUGGAAACAUGACGUCCUGCUCGGUGCUCUGGCUCAACAAAGCUUUUCAGGAUAUAGAAUCUGAGAAUGUUAAUGUAGUGAAGCGUCUCUUCAAUAUCCAGAAUUUCAACGCUAGCACAAUACGAACGGUGAUGGUGGCGCACUGCCGUAGGCAUGACAACCCAGACCUGCUGCUGGACUAUGAGGCUCAGUCUCAGGCUGGGAGGCAGAGAGCUGAGCAGGGAAAUCAGCAUCACCCUCUGCUUUUUGAUUUGAAGACGUCCGACAGUGAGGAAGAAGAGGAGGAGGAGGAGGUAGAGAACAAGGAGGAAUGUGGGAAAGAUGGAAGGAGUCAGAGCUUCUCGUCUGCAAGGACCCCCCAGCUAACAAUAUCUGGCCUGGACCACAUCAAUCAUAGCCGUAAACACGUGGGGGCCAGGGAGCUGCAGAUUGAGACUCAGGUUGCUAAGAUGAUGGGCAGAGCCUACACCAAGACCCCAGACGCCAGCCUCACCGACCCCUCCCAGUCUGAAGAGGGGGAGGAUAAAACAUACUUAAUCUUCACCACUGGCAGCCUUACAUACUCCCCUCACCAGAUAGGCAUUAAGCGAAUCAAACCCGACCAGAUGACCACUUCCGGCGAUGUGCUUGGAGAGGAGAGGAGCUCAGAGGAGUUUUUUGAUUCACUGGACCACGUUAUUGAUAUUCAUGGCCACAUCAUCGGUAUGGGCCUUUCUCCUGACCACAGGUAUCUAUACGUAAAUAGCAGAGCCUGGCCGAAAGGAUGCGUGAUCUCAGAUCCAAUGUCCCCGCCUCCCAUCGCCGAGGAGAUAGACAUGCAUGUCAUCGACCUUAAGAGUCUGAGGGAGGAGAGGAGGAGUCUCCGGGCUCAUCGGGCCUUCACUCCUAACGACGAGUGCUUCUUCAUCUUUCUUGAUGUCAGCAGGGACUUUGUUGCCAGUGGGGCAGAGGACAAACAUGGCUACAUCUGGGACCGCCAUUACAACAUCUGCCUCGCCCGUUUGGCACACGAUGACGUGGUGAACUCGGUGGCGUUCAGCCCAGCCGACCAGGAGCUGCUCCUCUCAGCCAGCGACGACUUCACCAUCAAGGUGUGGCGUUCGCCUCGCAUGGUCCGCCUGGCUCAGGCCUCCAGCCGACAGCUGAGGCCUCGCAGCCUUCUUCCGUCCUGGCUGUUACGCAACAAGAACUCUACGUUUACGGGCAGCGUGAACGGGAAACCCUAAGCGAGCGCUGGAGAAGGCCUUCAGACGAGAAGUAGAACAGGGUAAGGACAGCAUGGCGAGUAAAACACUCCAUGUGUUUACAUCAUGCGCUCAUGUUUUUGCUUGAGUUCACUGUAUUGUGACCUAAAGCAGUUUAGGACACCCAGGCCAAUGCAGACACCAGGGGGCGAUGUGGCACCAGCAAAGAGGACGUCAAUCAAGGAUCUACCGAUUUUUCCCAGAUAGAAACCUGAACAUUUGAGGCAGAACUCUAUCAGAUGGAUAUCAUCAUGUCUUUUUUAUUUUUAUUUUCCAUCUGUACGGUUGCACCUGAAGAAACCGGACUCUGGAUUCCUGGACCUGAGUAGCAAGGAUGAUGAGAUGGUACUUUUCUCAUUAUAGAUGAAGAUCUUAAACUGGUGUUCUGAUUUAAAAAUCUUUAAAAACACACACACACAUCUUUGGAGAUUUAUGCCACAGUUUAAAAAAAAAACCCUACUGGGAUAAAAAAAGAAAGAGACAGAGCAUUUAGUAUACUUUCUUUGCUUCAGUGAUGUCACAUCCCACCCCAUUGUUUAAUAAAAAUAUAUAUUGUAAUAAACUUAGACUUACUAAACAGUUUAAUAUAAAAGUUGUGUUGAGGAAGUUGGUCCAGAGCAUGACUGUAAACAAGGCGUGUUCUGUGUGCAUAGCUAACUGUCUAGUGUGGACAUGGUUAUAGAAACACUCAUUUUUUUUGUCAGCACACAGCUUCAUCUUUAGGUUCUGGUCUUCGGAUAUUUGAGUGAUUUCAGAGAGUUUUUCAUAAAAAAAAAAUGUAUUUGUGUUGUUUUUCUUUGUUGUUACCCAUGAAAGCUCAACCCCUCGUUUUGCAACAGAGUGGUGCUAACGCAAUAAAUGAUUGUUAAUCGUUUUAGUCGACUGCUAACUGUUUUAUGACCCGACGCCCCAAAGUUUUCUGCCAAUUUAAGUUUUUACUUGAACAAAGCACCCAUCGAGGUGGAUUAUUAAAAAAAUGUUUAACUACUUAUUUAUUAAACCAUGUUCACGAAUAUUAAUAGAAAUGAAUUGUUUUUAAAAAAAAAAGACAGAUUUUAUUCUAAAAGUCAACUUUUAACAUGCCCGCCUGGUUAUGUUUAUUGAAACCUUGCAGGUGAUCGGCCGAUUGAGGCAGAAUUACAUUGAAACGAAAAGUUUGCACUAUGCUUUGCUUUAAGCAAGCAAUGACAACUGGAGGAAAACAGUUUAAUGGACCUUCUUACAAAAUUCUUACCAAAUUGACCUGAGAUCAGUGAUUAAAAUAAAAACAAAUGAACACAAAAAAGGAUAUCACUUUUAAUUUCCUCCAUGGGACUGCUAGAUUAUGUAUUCAGUGCCUCUGAAAUAGUAAACAAGCAAAUCUGCAGGCCUUAUAGUUCACCCUGCUUCAGGUACUUUUAGCAGGUAGAAACUGACCUUUCCAUGUGGGUUCUCUGAAGAAAGAGGAUAUGACUGAUGGAAAAAAAAAAACCCAUUGUUCUCAGUUGUUUUUUUUUUGCUCUUGAGCAGAUCUGUUAUUUUCGAUGUUUUGUAAUGUGCAUGAGAAGUCAAAAUGUCUCAAGCUCUCUUUACAAUCUUUCUCAAUGUUCCCUUUGCUUCCCUCCUCUCCGUCUUUACGCUUCAUGUCAGAUGUUGUUUUAUUGUACCGUCUCAAUAAAAAGCAUGCCCCACAGAGCAUUACAUCUAAAGACCUGUCAAAUUAAUGUUUAAACUGUUGUGCAGCCCUUGAUUAAAGGUUGUGGAUUGAGAAGUUAAA